AGAUAUGGACAGUUUGAAGCCAGGUGCAGCCAACUCAUCUCCUCUAACUCCCAUGGGAUUCCUAGAUCGAGCGGCUACCAUUUAUGGAAGCCGUCCAUCAAUGGUCUACAACGACAUGGUCCAUACAUGGUCACAAACACAUCAAAGGUGCAUCAAGCUCGCAUCAACCAUCUCCUCGAUGGGCAUUGGCAGAGGCCAUGUAGUGUCCGUCGUGGCCCCAAACAUCCCAGCCAUGUAUGAGAUGCACUUCGCCGUUCCCAUGUGCGGUGCCGUUCUCAACACCAUCAACAUCCGCCUCGACAGCCGCACCAUUGCUGCGCUGCUUCUUCAUAGCGAGGCCAAGCUUGUGUUUGUUGAUUUCCAAUCUUGGUCCCUUGUUAAGGAUGCCGUCGGUAAGUUGGAGAAGCCGCCUCGUUUGAUAUUGAUAGAGGACGAAUUUGAAGAAGGCGGUCGAUGUCUCCCAUCAUCAUCACCUCCGUCCCCUGAUGAUCAGCUUACUUACGAAAUGUUGGUUGAGAAGGGAAAUCCGGGAUUCCGAUGGGUGAGGCCUGAGAGCGAUUGGUCACCAGCGAUCCUGAAUUAUACAUCGGGGACGACUUCUUCCCCCAAGGGUGUAGUCCACUGCCACCGUGGCCUCUUCACCAUGGCCAUAUCUGCAUUGAUUGAAUGGACCGUCCCUAAGCAGCCCACCUAUCUGUGGACACUCCCAAUGUUCCACGCCAACGGUUGGAGCUUCCCGUGGGGGAUUGCUGCAAUGGGUGGGACCAACGUCUUCGUUCGGAGAUUCGAUGCUGCCACCAUCUAUGCUAUGAUCAUCAAACAUGGUGUGACCCACAUGUGCGCCGCGCCUGUCGUCCUAAACAUGUUAGCCAAUGCCCCAGAAUCCAUACGUCAGCAGCUGCCGCACACCGUCCAUAUAAUGACCGGAGGGGCCCCGCCGCCCGCCUCCGUGCUCUUCCGAAUAGAGGCGCUGGGUUUCACUGUAACCCAUGCGUAUGGCCUGACGGAGACGGUGGGCCCAGUCUUGUACUGCACAUGGAAGGCGGAGUGGGACCUGCUACCUGCAGCUGAGCGUGCGAAAUUGAAGGCAAGGCAGGGCGUGCAGGCUCUUUGCAUGGAUGAGGUCGAUGUGAUCGAUGGUGAGAUGGGGGAAAGCGUGAAGCGGGACGGGAUGACACUUGGUGAGAUCGUGCUGCGGGGCAGCUCCAUUCAGUUGGGCUAUUUGAAAGAUGCUGAGAUGACUUCCAAGAGUCUCCGGAAUGGGUGGUUUUACACAGGUGAUGUUGGUGUAAUGCACCCUGAUGGUUACAUCGAGAUCAAGGAUCGGUCCAAGGACGUGAUCAUAAGCGGUGGUGAAAACAUGAGCAGCGUAGAGGUUGAAUCCGUGCUUUACUCACAUCCGGCCAUUAAUGAAGCGGCGGUGGUGGCCCGGCCUGAUGAGUUCUGGGGCGAGUCUCCAUGCGUGUUCGUCAGCUUGAAAGAAGAUUACCAGAAGGCGGAGAAGAGGGUAUCAGAGAAGGAGAUUAUUGGGUUUUGUAGGGAGCGAUUGCCGCAUUACAUGGUGCCAAAGACAGUCGUCUUCGAGGAGGAGCUUCCAAAGACUUCAACGGGUAAGAUUCAGAAGUUUUUGCUUAGGGACAAGGCCAGGAAGUUGGGUUCUUCUUCCUCUACGGUGAGUCGGAUGUAGGGCGGAGUUCGUGUAUUGCAUCGUCACUGGUUCUUGGAAUGACUCACUGAGUCAC